UCCAUUGGGAAGAGAUUUGGACUUAAUGGAAUAUAAAUUGACUCCCGUUUCAGAAGAUUAGUCGAAUUCUUGGAGGUCUUCAGCAUGUUCAUUGUGGCUCUCUUUAUAGGUUUCUGGCUGUUCGCCGAUGCAGCAAAAUUGCCUACCAUAUUUCACAAGUGUGCACGGACAGAUCCACAUUUCCAACAUUGUCUCCAGUUAGCAAUAGAAGAUGCGUUUCACAAGCUAGCGGCAGGCUAUCCUAAACUUGGACUGACUCCCUUGGAACCCCUUGUCAUUCCAGUAUUAGAUAUCGGCAGAGGAAAUGUACCAUUAAAUAUAAAUAUGACAUUUCGUAACGUUGAAAUUGGUGGUAUCACAACAAUUAAUAUUACAAAACAGGCAACUGACAUUGAUGCUUAUAAAUCAGAAUAUCAUACUUUCAACAAAAAACUCAUUUUGGAAGGAGAUUACGAAGUAGAUGGGAAAAUCUUACUAAUUCCAAUCAGAGGAAAAGGAAAAGCUCACAUUGAAUUACAAAAUGUCAAAGGGGUUUUAAAGCUUAAAGGAAAUAAAAAGGCCAGAGGGAGGCACACGUAUUUUGAUCUUGAGAAGUUCGAUUACAAAUUCAGCCCAUCGAACAUGGUCAUAAAAUUCGACACGUUCAACAGUGACAAAAAGUUAAACAAUGUUAUGAACAGAAUUCUCAACAAAUACUGGAGAGAAGUUCUUUGGGAAGUAAAACCUGGGUUUGAAGAAUCUAUUUCUGAAGUUUUCAAAAACAUAGCAUCCAAUCUCUUCAAUCGAGUUCCACUUGAAGAAAUUUAUCCAGAAAAAAUAAUUAAUUAAAUGUAAAACCAUGCCAGUUGUCUUAAAUAAUUGCUAAUGUUUUUAAGGUGUCAUUUGUACAGGUAAUUUAUCCAGUGUGAUAAACAUUAUUUUAAUUGUCUUUUGUUGCCUAUGGACAAAAUAAUUAAAGUCUAUUUGUUAACUGCUGAAAUUAUGUAUAAAUACAUGAACAGAGACUUGAUUUGGAACAAGAA